CCGCCUGUUGUGAUACAUCGAACCAGGGUAUCGAACCAGGGUCUAUGGUGACGCCUCUUGCACUGAGAUGCAGUGCCUUAGACCGGUGCGCCACUCGGGAGUUAAAUCGACAUCGACUGACGGAAAACGAUGUGGCGAGUUUAAAAUAAGAGCGAAUUAUCUUUUCUCUUGCGACAUAUUCAAAUUCCUUUAUUAGUCACGUUAGCUGCCAAAAAUGAUUAUUUUGAUGGAUUUUUUUAUUAUUUCGUCGAUAUUCAUAAGUUCCUCGACAACGUUAUGGGAAAAGUGUUUAUUUUCUAAAUGUGGCAACUGUUAUAUUGCUGCUGGAAAAAAUGGGCAAGUUUUCAGGCUUUGUGUGCGGGUUUUGAGUAGUCAUGUGUCCCCUGAACAUCCGGAAGUAAAUAAGUGAUCUCAUCGAAGGCCCAGUUGCUAAGCUGCAAGUGUAGACUGGGUCGCAAGCAGCCACACUAACAUGAUAUCAACAACAAGGACUGAAGGAGCCAGACAGAAAGCAGAUUAGUAGUUGGCAUCAACUAGCUAGCUACUGAUUUCGGUCUUAACCAUUCUCUUUUCACCAAUCAUAGCUAGAGAUAGUCUGGUGGCAGUUAGCUUAAAAUGCAGCUAAAGGUCUCAUCAUACAGUCAACACACCUGACGCAGUUCGCUCUGUGUGAAUAAUAACACUCCUUUGAGUGUUGGAUGCCCAAGAAUCACCAUGGCUGUGGCCAACACAACCAAAACAUCAUGGAGAUUACAGGAGAUUGUAGCCCACUCCAGUAGUGUGGCGUGUCUGGCCCUGGGGAAGAACUCAGGCCGUCUGCUAGCCACUGGGGGAGAGGACUGCCGAGUCAACAUCUGGGCAGUCAGCAAACCCAACUGCAUCAUGAGUUUGACAGGCCAUAAUAACCCAGUAGAGUGUGUGAAGUUUAAUAACUCUGAGGAGCAGGUGGUGGCUGGCUCACAGUCCGGAUCACUGCGCGUGUGGGACCUGGAGGCUGCAAAGAUCCUAAGAACUCUAAUGGGACACAAGGCCAAUAUCUGUAGCUUGGACUUCCACCCGUUUGGGGAAUACCUGGCAUCUGGUUCCAUGGACACCAACAUCAAGCUGUGGGAUGUACGGAGAAAGGGCUGUGUGUUCAGGUACAAGGGUCACACUCAGGCAGUGAGGUGCCUGGCCUUCAGUCCAGAUGGGAAAUGGUUGGCCUCUGCUAGUGAUGACAGCACCAUCAAGCUGUGGGACCUGACUGCAGGGAAGAUGAUCACAGAGUUUACAGCACACACCGGAGCCAUCAACAUCAUCCAGUUCCACCCCAACGAGUAUCUGCUAGCAUCAGGCAGCUCUGACAGGACCAUCAAACUGUGGGAUCUGGAAAAGUUCAAGAUGAUUGGCUCUUCAGAGGGAGAGAUGGGACCAGUCAGGUGUCUGGCCUUUAACCUGGAUGGCUGCUGUCUGUACAGUGGAGCUGUGGACUCUCUCCGUGUGUAUGGCUGGGAGCCCGACCGCUGCUUUGAUGUGGUGCCAGUGGGCUGGGGCAAGGUGGCAGACCUGGCUAUCUGCAACCACCAGCUGAUUGGCGUGUCGUACAAUCUGGCUAAUGUUUCGUCCUACGUGGUGGAUCUGACGCGGGUGAAGAAGUCUGGCUCUGUGAUCCAAGGCGUAAUCCAGGACGACCAGCCGCUCACGGAGCCCUCCCCGAAAGGAUCCACGCUGCGACGCAACUACGACCGACCCCUGACCACCUGCAGCACACAGAGGGUAAAGCAGAGUUCUGAGUCAGACCGGCGCAGUCCCGAGGGGGAGAGGAGGAGCCCCAGCAGCGAGGACGAGAAGGAGUCCUCUGCCGAGAUCCGUAACCCCGAGGACUACAAAGAGAUCUUCCAGCCAAAGAGCGCCAUCUCUCGCACCCCCCCAAAGAGUGAGCCCUUCCCUGCCCCCUUAGAAGAUGAGAGUUUUGUGGUGAGGGCUAACCAAGGGCUGGUGGAGUUCAUGACUCCUAUGUCUGACAGACAGCAGCCCGGCCAGUUGAAGAACCUUCCAGUGGCAUCGUCCACUCCGGUCCUGAGGGUGGAGCCUACCGUGGUCGCCACUGCACCCUGUCCCAUCCCAGCGGUAACCGCACGACCGCCGACUAACCACCCCCCUGCACCCCACCCAGCCCCCCCACCGGUCGUUGCUAUGGCGAAGGCCAAACCCCAGCCCAGCGUCAUCCUCUCCUCCAGGAAUGAACCAAUAGGACUCAACGUGGGAGAUUUCCUUCCUCCUGCUCGUAACAACCGACCCAGUGUGCUGGGUGACGACGAGGCUCUGGCUCAGAUCAGAAAGGGCCAUGACACCAUGUGUGUGAUGCUCACCAGCCGACACAAGAACCUGGACACCAUCAGAGCUGUGUGGGGCAGCGGGGACGUCAAGACCUCCUUGGACUCUGCGGUCUCGAUGAAGGAUCUCUCGAUCGUCGUGGACAUCCUCAACAUCGUUAACCUCAAACCGUCGCUAUGGAAACUGGACCUAUGUACCUCUAUCCUGCCCCAGAUUGAAGAGCUGCUGCAAAGCAAGUAUGAGAGUUACGUGCAGACGGGUUGCACCUCUCUGAAGCUGAUCCUGAAGCGUUUCUGGCCUCUCAUCUCAGACACGCUGACAGCACCCCCUUCUGUUGGAGUGGAUAUAACACGGGAGGAACGCCACCAGAAGUGCAAGGCAUGCUACAAGCAGCUGAAGAACCUCAGCGACUUGGUGAAGAACAAGGCCGACCAGGUGGGUCGCCACGGCAGCGCCUUCAAAGAGCUGCAGCUGCUCAUGGCUCCACUGGACUACUGACAGUCGACUAUGCAACUAGUGACACGCACAGAUUCCUCAAUGGCUGAGCACUGUGCUGUGAGGACUCAAGUCUGACUGACAGACGCAUUCUGUCAUCCACCUGAGUGGUAAAUCGGGGGACAAUCACAGAUUCACACUGCGUGUGGAUGAACUGAAGCAGUGGACUCAAGAGACCGGGCAGGAUAGAAGUCCAUGUUAGAACUCGGCUCCUAUUUAAACACUGGGCACUUAUGAUUCCUUAAUCUGUAUGUGAAACACACACACACGAUUCGUAAUUCCUCACGCACACAAAACACCUAUGACACACAGACCUGACUAGGGCCAGGUUUCAAUCCGAUCGUGGGUUAUAGGCGGUGCGGCUUUUAAAAAGCAAUGUUCACGCGGAGAUCCUAUUCACCAUAUGUCGGCUCAAUCAGAAAUUGCCUUUAAAAGCUGCAAUACCUGUGUUCAGGUGCACAGUGAUUUCUAUUUAAAUAUUCUCUCUAGAUUCUGUACCUGAGAUGUCAACCCUAGAUGCACUAUUUGGAAGUAUUGUUAACGCAAAAAAUGUUUUUCAAAUAAAGUCUAGUUUUAGGCAUGUUUCUGGAAUUGAAAGGAA